UUCCACAACCUCAAAACCUCUCCUUCAUUUUUUCGAAUUUCAGACCAUUAGGGUUAGGGUUUCAUACUAAGCAACACGCCGCUCGAAAAGGGUUCUCCGGUUUGUGAUUCGCAGCGGUUGUUCCGCUUCAAAGGCGGAGUCUUUAUCCAGUGGUUGUUAUCAAAAUGGUGAUGUUGACUGCAGCAAGUGCAAUUGCUAGUUUACCUUUACUGCCAGCAGGGUCAGUAAGUCAGCACCAGGGACAGGCUGGGUUUUAUGGGUCUAGUCCAAGAAGAGUUGGUGUGGGUCGAAGUGUGGUUGGCUUUGGCAUUAGACCGGUGGGGCCUCGGACACAGAUAUCACUUCAGGGAAGAAAACCAUCAUCACCAAUCACAGGGUCUCGUCGAAUGCAGUCUGCUGCUGUAAUAUGUGCUUCUUCUUUGAAUGCCAAAUGCAGUACAGAAGGGCAAACACAAACUGUUACACGGGAGUCUCCAACAAUUACACAUCUUCCUGGCAAGGAAAAGUCUCCGUUGCUUGAUGAUGGUGGAACAGGAUUCCCUCCCAGAGAUGAUGAUGGUGGCGGCGGCGGCGGUGGGGGUGGUGGUGGAGGCAAUUGGUCAGGAGGCUUUGCCUUUUUUGGAUUUCUUCUUUUCCUCAGCUUUCUAAAGGAUAAAGAAAGUGAGGGUUCUUAUCGAGAAAAUAGGAAAAGGUCUUCAUAUUGAACUUUAGUUAAGGUUGCUGCAGUUAUAUUCUUCACUGUUCUAUUGAAUAAUUAUCUUAACUUUCUACACCUACAAAAAUGGUCAGUUUGAUGUUGUGCCUGUCCCAUUUGUGGACAUCAACUCAUCAAAAAGACCUGUAUUCUUUACUCUGAAUAUUGAAUCAAUGUAGCAUCUGCAAUUUUGUUUCUCUGAG